GUAGUCGGCGUCAAGCGCUUCGUCCGACGCGCUCAGUGCCGUCCUGUCGUCAGCUCGAGGACGGUCCUUUCCCGCGUCGCCGUGUCUCGCGAUCGCACCACGUUUCCGGCUGUUACGGAGGAGGCGCCUCUUGAACGCCCGCUCCUGCUUCUCGUCACGAUCCGAGCUCUCUCCGGGGAAGCAUUCUGCGCGUCCUGCAUUUGCAAGAUCAAUAUUUCAACGCUGGUAUCGACAUUCACGUAAGAGAGACAAAUGAAAAGAAGACGCAAGAGCUGUUGAGCGUGCGAAGUGAAUCGACACAAUGAGCCAGCUGUCGCGCAGCAGCGGCGUGUUCGGCGACGUCUUAAUCCCGUAGAAAUUUCCGCGGGACGCUCCCGCAGGAACAAGAAAGACCAGAAGGAGCAGGAGGAAGAGGAAGAAGAGGAGGAGGUGGCGGUGGUGGAAGAGAAGGAGGACGCCGACAGCCACCUGUGACUUUCGCCAAGAGGGCGAGGAGAUUCCCUGACGGUGAGAAGGAGACAGACAAGACAAGAGAAGGCGAGCGAAAGAGAGAAGAGGGAAAGAUAACCGAGCGACAGGAUAAAUCGUGCAGAAGCGAGAGAGGGACAGCGGCUCGAACGCGGCGGCCGCGAUUUCCCCGAGGAGGAUGCCAGGUCCCGCGAGAGCGCAGCGUCGGGGGUGAGUGAAUGGAGGAGAGGACAACGUCGGCGGGUGACGACGUCGGGUGGAAAAACGCGAUCGUUUCGCGCCGAUCGCGAUCGAUCGAUCCCGUGGAGCACUCUCGGUUGCCAUCGCCAUCUACCCGCUCCUGACCGCGGUCAGGACUGCCGCGGGGAAUCGAAUUAAUAUCCAGACGAGACAGGGAGGCGACGGACAGCAGGAGGGAGAGGGAGCGAGCGAGGAGGAGGAGGAGCGGGCACAGGACGUGGCGGCUGGCGGGACGUAGGGACGAGGAGCUCGUAUUGAAUUUUCAGGAGGUGGAGGCUACGACGACCGAUCUCCCGGGUAAUGCCUUCCUAAGGCGGCAUUCUCGCGGUCGUCCUCGAGGUCACGGAGCGACCGGCCGCGACCAAGCGACGACAGCAUGGCCGAUCUCGAGAGGAUCCGGCUGGUGGUACUCGGCGGCGCCGGGGUCGGCAAGAGCUCUAUUAUACGCCGUCUGCUCGGCCAAGGCUUCAGUGAACGGUACCGACCCACCGUGGAGGACCUCUACUCCCGGGAAUGCGUCCUUGGCACCUUGACGCUCAAGGUCGACCUCUUGGAUACCGCGGGUGACCUGCAGUUCCCCGCGAUGAGACGUUUGAGCAUAGCCACCGCCCACGCAUUCCUCCUCGUGUAUGCGACGACGUCGUUGCCGAGCUUCGAGUGCGUGAAACGUUGCUUCGAGGAAGUGAGAGAGCAACGACCCGACUUCCAGGAGGUGCCGAUAGUCGUCGCUGGUAACAAACUCGACCUGGCGCCGGCACGAAGGGAAGUGCCCAUCGAGGACGUCAGCGAGUGGCUGUUUUGCGAAUUGCCAAAGCUGCGCGCCAAAGUGAUGGAGUGCUCGGCGAAGGACGACUACAAUAUCAAGGAUAUCUUCAGGUGUUUCGUCACGUUAUCCAGGAUCGUGCCGAAGAAUCCCCCUGGCGAGUCCGACGAGUCGGGCCUUAGAAGAAGAUGUUCGGCGUAUGGAUCGCGCAGGUCCGGCAGUCCCGGUGGUAGGACCGGCAGCGCGGGUCCCGGCGGCAAUCCCCAGCAAGUGGUCGCGGCUCAGGGCUCCAGCGUGGUCACCGUCACCGAGGAGGUGAAGAGCAAGCCGCGUAGCCGCAGCUUGAUCAGACGUGCCUCCAGGAAGACGAAGCAGCAGAUCCGAGACGCUCACGCCGACGACUGCAACAUCUCGUAAGCCGACCCAGCCGACGGAGACGACGGACAGACAGGAACCGCCGACAAUCGCGAGAAAACGCGACGCUCGUGAACGGUCGUGCGUGCGAGUGAAGCUGAAGUGCUUUGAGGUAAGACUCGUUGACCCGCCGUCUGCGAGGGCGCGACUCGCAAUCUCCCCCUCAUGACCGGUGGACGGGUUGGUGUUUACCGCCGAGCGGCGAUGUUGAUCCACGGGAUCCCGAAGGUGCGAGGAACGACUGUUUGCCGGAGGCUGUCUGUCCGGAGGUGGCUAAACUCGAGGAGAUAUGAGCCGACGGUUUGUAGUCCACCGGGAAGCGUGUGUAUCGACAGCAGGGGUCGUGAUUAUAUCCCGAGAUUGGUCUCUCCCGGACAAAUGCGUCCGGCCCAAAGUGUCGAGAGGUCCUGAUUAAAUGUAAGAUCCUGUUAGAGGGGAAAUGUCGAUCGCGGAAUAAGAGCAAUCGGGCAGCUCGUUUAGCGCGAGAAUCGCACGGUGAUUGAGCGAUCUGUUGAAUUUUCGUUAACGUUCCGCUAGUCGCGGCUUAUGGUGGAACAGAAAUGGAAGGAAGCUUCAUGAAACAUUUUAUUAAUGUGAAAGGAAAACGCGGCAUUUCUUUUAAGAGACAACCUUGUAUCAGUCUUUACAAUUUUGGGAUCGUGAGUACGACUGAUAGGAAGACAGGCAAAAUAUGCCGCGUGUCACUCUUCGGUCGUCACUUCGUGCUGUACCGAAGUGAAAUCGCUUAGUUCUUCUCAGGUAACCGCGACUACCGGAAGAUUAACGCUACAAUUGCCGACGAUUUACGAUCUGUUUCUAUCAGAGUGGUCAAAAUGACAGGUUUUUAGAGAAAUGCAAGGGGGAACGGUUGAUUUGCUCUCUUCAGUUUUGUUCUACGUCAAUUGCGAGUAUCAAAUGCACCGUGACAUAAGUAACUUUUAGAAAAAACUACGAACCCGUCAUUUGGACUGCUUUGGUGGUUCUAACGUUAAGAUAAAGACACGCGCGAAUUUAUACAAAACGAAAGAGCUUCCUCUGUCGAUACACGUCUCCUUUGGAACAUCCUGUAUAUACAUUAACAGUAUGAACGUGAAAUUGAUGUUUAGCGGCGGUAUUAUAUAAUUUUUUUCAACGAACAGAUGACCUCUUGUAUUUCUCGGUGUAAAUAUUUUCGAAGGUUCCAAGUAGAAGACAGAGAGAGAGAGAGAGAGAGAGAGAGAGAGAGAGAGAGAGAGAGA